GUCAGCACCACAUUGAGUUUCCGAAAAUUAAAAAAGCCUAUUGUUUUCAAAUAAAUAUAGUACUGUAUUAGAAAUUGUCAAAUUGAACAAUUAAUAAAUGAUUAAGGAAGGCGUGAACGGCUUACAACGCCCUCAACAAAAUUCCAUUUUUUAUUUUUAUUUUUUCUUCUCUUUUUUUUUUUGUAUAAUUGAAAACAGUAUCCAAUUUCCAUUAUUCCGAAUCUACCCUUUUUUUUUUUUUUUUUUUGUUCCCACAUAUUCUCACUCUCCUGCGGCGGCUGGCGGCGAUUUAUCUCAUCGCAUCGCCGCCAGUGCACCAGUCGCCUACUUCCUUGCUUUUUGUCCCAAUUUGUAGCAAAAGUUUGCAUUCGUCACUUGCUGCAAGAGAGAAGCAAAUUGGACAUUUGCAUUUUGCAGUUGCCAUGGUGACUGCUCAAUCCUUAUCGGCACAGUGGGUUUACUCCUCAGCUUCAAUGCUAUGCCCGUCUUCGGUUACCAGUAAAGUAAUUUCAGUGAGGUUUUCCAUUCGUUGUUACUCAAAGGCGACUUCUGAGAGGAACGAAAUCCGGCUCGGCUUGCCGAGUAAAGGUCGCAUGGCGACCGAUACUCUAGAUCUUCUUAAGGAUUGUCAGUUGUCCGUGAAGCAAGUGAAUCCACGACAGUAUGUUGCGGAAAUUCCUCAGCUCCCAAAUUUAGAAGUCUGGUUUCAGCGGCCGAAAGAUGUUGUACGGAAACUAGUGUCUGGAGAUUUGGACCUUGGCAUUGUUGGGCUUGACACCGUGCAUGAAUAUGGGCAGGGGAAUGAGGAUCUUGUUAUUGUUCAUGAGGCACUGGGGUUUGGAGAUUGUCGUUUGUCCCUUGCUAUACCUAAGUAUGGGAUUUUUGAGAAUGUUAACUCAAUAGAAGAUCUUGCACAAAUGCCGCAGUGGACACUUGAGAGACCUUUGAGAGUUGCAACUGGUUUCACCUAUAUGGGCGAUAAAUUUAUGAAAGAGAAGGGAUUGAAGUAUGUGACUUUUUCAACAGCCGAUGGAGCCUUGGAAGCUGCUCCUGCAAUGGGGAUAGCUGAUGCCAUUGUAGAUCUUGUAAGUAGUGGAACUACUUUGAAAGAGAACAACCUAAAGGAAAUUGAAGGUGGAAUUAUUUUGGAAAGUCAGGCUGUCCUUGUUGCUAGUAGGAAGUCACUGGUCAAGAGAAAAGGCGUGCUUGACGUAACACAUGAAAUGCUCGAAAGAUUGGAGGCUCACCUGAGGGCCGUGGGACAAUUCACGGUAACUGCCAAUAUGAGGGGGAGCAGUGCUGAGGAAGUGGCUACCCGAGUACUGAGCCAACCAUCAUUAUCAGGGUUGCAGGGACCCACUGUAAGUACAGUUUACUGCAAUCGCAAUGGAAGGGUAACUCCUGAUUAUUAUGCCGUGGUCAUAUGCGUGCCAAAGAAAGAACUGUACAAGUCCGUGCAACAAUUGAGGGCGAUUGGUGGUAGUGGUGUUCUAAUUUCUCCUCUGACCUAUAUCUUUGAUGAGGAAACACCAAGAUGGCGUGAGCUUCUCUCGAAACUAGGGCUCUAGUUGCUCUUUGUUUCUGAAUUUAUUGCGCAGCAUUUUGUAGCGCUGCCCGAGGGAACGUGAAUUUGAGUCUAGGUUUCGUCACCAAUCUAAGACAGUUGACAAUCCCAGUAUCUCUCUUCCAUUCAAGUUGUAUUUUCAAACUUUGUUCCCAUAGUUUCUGUAGUAUAAUUAUUAGGAGUGCUUUGGAGGGAACCUAGUGGUUUAAACUGCUAGAUUAGGCUGGAGGCUGUGAGCUAAACCAUCCUAAUUCCUAACUCGGAAUUUGUUGGUAAACUGCCUAACGCAAUUGGCUUAUUACUGCUAUAAAAAUGUUUAUUUUUCCGAUGACAAAAACAAAGAAAUUGUAUUCCAUCAUUUAUUUCAUGCAUUUAUUGUUUUGGGG